CACCUUAUUACAUAGAGAUAAACCAAAUACAUUUAUAAAACUUAAAAAAAUCUUUUAAAUUUUAAAUCAAAUACACAUCUUUAAUUAGAAAAAAUACCCUCUAUUAAUUCUCAUUUGAGUAACAUUAUUUACAAAGGACCAUCUUGGGAAUAAAUCUCAAUUAUAGAGGACCACAUAGGUAAUUAAAACUUAUUGAUGACUGAUUUGGGAAAACACCUUAUUACAAAGGACUAUUUUGGGAAUAAAUCUCAAUUAUAGAGGACCACGUAGGUAAUUAAAACUUAUUGAGGACUAAUUUGGGAAAACACUUACAAAAGACUAUUUUGGGAAUUUACUCUAAUUGUUUUUUCUUCACAUCCGGAGUGUUUUUUUAAAUACAUAAGGGAACUGAAGAGACCAGAUGAAAUGAAUGAUCUGAAGCUCAACACCAUUUCGAAAUGGGCGGGAAAAUGAGAGGCGAGAUCUCCAUCACUGCUAUUUAUCACGGAGAUCCAGCUUCUCCAUUCAUUCGUCCAGUCCACCACCGGUUUUUGUUUCUGGUAAAUCUCACUGAACCAGUGGUGUGUAUCUGCUUUAUUGGCCUUGUUUCAAUGACACAACUGUUAGCAUUUGUUAUUUCAUACUCACACAUCAAUUUUGACUAUGACUUGCCGGUUUUUAAUACUCACAGGUUUUGGUAAUUUAGCAUGUUGACAUUGUUGGUAAUUUACACGGAUUUGUUUUUAGGCACCUCUUAAAAGGAAAAUCAUAUUAUUGGGUUGACUUGAGCAUAUUCAUUUUGGUAUCUUUUUCUUUCUGGUGUGGGAAUGAUUUGCUUUUCCCAACAAACACUCUCAAUUUCUAGGUGUAAAAUGAGGAAAAUGCUAAAUCCCUGCCAAUGACCUCUGGUGUGAGAAUACUGCAUUUUUGACAGGUUGUUCGAAAAUGAUGUCUACAAAUAUUUUCCAACAUGCUCUUUUUCUCCAAAAUGCUAAAAUUGUGAAAUUCGUUUUGGUUUGAUAUGAAACUGCUUGAUUUUGUUAGGUGAGAUAUGACUAUAUGAGAGCACUAGAAUUGUGGAAGUAGCGCAUCGGUGUUAAAUCUGAUUAGAUAUUUUGUUUCGUAACUUUUAAUAUGGUUGAUGUGUGCUGAUUGAAGGAACAACAUAUCAGAGCUUCAAAGACUACAAAAUUUCAAUGGAUAAUCUGAUGACAAAAUUUACGUGGAGAAUUGAAAAUUUCUCGCUAUUGGAAGCUAAAGAUCUUUACUCUCUCACAUUUGUUGUGAAUGAGAACAAAUGGAGAUUGCUUCUUUAUCCAAAAGGAUCCAAGAAAGAUCAACAUUUGUCUAUGUACCUUCGUGUGGCUGAUUCAUAUAGCUUGCCAGCAGAAUGGAGUAUACCCACAAAGUUCAGAAUAUCUAUUGUUAACCAGAUAGACCCCAACAAAACCGUCAAGAAAGAGCUUGAACACACUUUCAAAUCUGGUAAAAAUGGUUGGGGUUGGCCAUCAUUUAUGGAGCUUAGUAAACUUCAUGAUAAAAGUGAAGGCUAUCUUGUUGAAGACACAUGUUUGAUUGAAGCUGAAGUUGAUAUUUCUGCAGCUUCCAAAGAUAUAGAUUCAGAUUCUUCCGUUGCUAUUGAUCCUAUAGAGUGUGUAUACAUUGAGGCUCAAUCUUUUCUUGAGUCACUGGUCAAGGCACCAUGCAGCCUGGUAUCUAAGGCUCCCACAUGUGAAAUGCCUUUUUUUAUCAACAGACAUGAAACUUUUGUGAAACAAAUCCUUGACAGACUAAUGUCAUACAAUAUGGAUGAUUUAGUUGAUUCAAAGCAUGAAACGGCAGUGAUGGAUUCUCUGUCUACACUCACCGACCAUCUUUAUCUGUUUAGUGAUGGACAAGUGAAAGAAAUUGUGAAGUUGAAAGCUACUUUUCCUGGAACAAUGCAAGAAUGGAGAGACUUAGUUCAAGCUAAGGACACUAGUGAGCAUCCAUGGUCUACUUUUGAGAAGGCCAAAAGUUUGCUCCAAGAAUCUUUGAAAACGGAAGAGGGAAUAAAGAUUGAACUGGGAGAGCUAAACAAGCAAGAAACAGAUUUGGAANCGGCAGUGAUGGAUUCUCUGUCUACACUCACCGACCAUCUUUAUCUGUUUAGUGAUGGACAAGUGAAAGAAAUUGUGAAGUUGAAAGCUACUUUUCCUGGAACAAUGCAAGAAUGGAGAGACUUAGUUCAAGCUAAGGACACUAGUGAGCAUCCAUGGUCUACUUUUGAGAAGGCCAAAAGUUUGCUCCAAGAAUCUUUGAAAACGGAAGAGGGAAUAAAGAUUGAACUGGGAGAGCUAAACAAGCAAGAAACAGAUUUGGAAGCUCAGGUGGUGGCACUCGAAAGCAAUAGUCGAAAACUCAAAGAGGAAAGAGAGGAAAUAUCAAAGCAAAUGAUGAUUCUUUGUUCUCUUGCCAAGGAGAAGGCUACCAAAAUUGGAGUUAGAAAGGUGGAGGCAUAUUGUGUAAACCAACAACUGGAGCAGAGAUUGCAGUUAGAGUGGGUUGAAAUGAGACAUCUUUUUGCCUGAGAAAGAAGAAAUGGAACGGUAAAUAACACCCAAGUUUCCCAUGUAUCAUGCUUUUUGAUAGUAUUACUACGUUUUACUCUUUUAUUUAGUCUUUAUCUCAAAAUUAUCGAAGUGCCAAGAUGUUCCAAUGUAAUGAAAUAAAAACUGGUUUACGAGUUAGCAAUUAUUUAAAAAAAUACUCCGGGUAAUUAUCAUUUUACAAGAAUUACGCGCAAUAUUCUGUUGCUGU